GGCAAGUUCGAUAGCCGGGAGAAGAAGAGCAGCCGUUAGCAUAGAUACUACAGUGAAACCAUCACCAAUAACAAAUCAUUUCCAUUUCAUCGGUAAAUGACUGAAGAUUCAACAUGGUCUGCGGAGGAUUUACGUGCUCGAAAAACGCCAUCUGUUCGCUAAAUGUAGUUUACAUGCUGGUUGGCCUCUUACUGAUUGUCGUAGCAGCAUGGGGUAAAGGCUUUGGGAUUGUCUCCAGCAUUCACAUCAUUGGCGGCGUGAUCGCUGUGGGAUUCUUUCUCCUACUCAUCGCCAUUGUGGGGCUCAUUGGAGCCGUCCGCCAUCACCAAGUUAUGCUCUUCUUUUACAUGGUCAUUCUGUUCAUCGUGUUCCUCUUCCAGUUUGGAGUGUCAUGCUCGUGUCUGGCAAUGAAUCAGGGUCAGCAGGAGAAACUAUUGUCCUCAUCCUGGGGAAUAAUGAGUAACGAAACCAGAGACAAUCUGGAGAAGAAGCUGGACUGCUGUGGCCUGUUCAACAAUACUCAACACAACGAAGAGUUUGUGUCUGACCUCGUCCUCUGUCAGGCCCCAUGUGUAAAAAACACCUGUAUCACCUGUGGUCAAAAGAUGCUCCAGCAUGCCUCAGAGUCUCUGAAAAUCCUGGGAGGAGUUGGUCUCUUUUUCAGCUUUACAGAGAUCUUAGGGGUUUGGCUAGCCAUGCGCUACAGGAACCAAAAGGACCCUAGCGCAAACCCCAGUGCUUUCUUAUAGUCUCUCCAACCCUCUUUCCUAAACUACGUGUAGUGUAGUCCAGCUAUCCCAGAUCCCUUUUGCCCAGGUAGAGUGGAGCUCACCGAAAGACAUUCAGGCAUUAAACACAGAACACAAGCACUGAUCCUCAACUGUUUCAACAGAUUCAAAUCCGCUCACAUGCUUCAGAACUGAAUUAUUGUGCAACAAAUGCAGCAUAAACACAAACCCAUCCAUUUUAAUGUUAGAUCUGACCCAUUUUCCAAGGUCUGCAGACAGGCAAAUUUAAACCAGCAGAGGAUGGAGGAAACAUCAUGUAUGAUAGGAUGAUUACAUUGACACUCCCCCAUCCUUGAUUUGAGAGACUUCCUGUUCUGUGUAUGCAAAUCAAGAACCUGGAACGUAAACGUCAUCGAUGUCUGCAUGUUCAUAUCCUUAGAUCAGUCUAAUUGAAGGAUAUUGCACCACUCAGGCUAUAUAGUGUAUAGCAGUAGUUUAUAAAGUUAGUUGGCAUCCAUGGUUGUUAAUGAAGUAGUCAGGGGGAAAUUUUUGUCACAUAAUUCAUCUCCCAGGUCUGCCUAGAAUUAGUGCCAACCUGAUAAACAUCUGUGUUUUGUGCAGUGCCUAUGAAAUCCGUCUCAAUGAGGUGACCAGUCCAGACAUUGGGAUAUUAGUUUAGGAAUUAGACUUAGAACAAAAAUAUUUAAGAACUUGUGCAACUGAGCCAUGCGAAUGGGAGGAUUUUCCCUGCCGACGGACUGCAGCCCUCUUGUUGUAAAUAGUCUUUAACGUGACGGGGUCAAUGUUCACGCAUUUACAGCUUCUUUUCCAGCCUUGUUUAUACCACAGAGAUCCUACUGUCUCAGCCGGGUCUUGAUACUUUCACUGGACUUUUUAAAGGGAUUGUACACCAAAACAUUCUGUCAUCAUUUACCGAUGCUCAACUUUGUUAUUCCAAACCCAUAUUCAUUUAUUUCCUUUGGAACGCAAAAGGAGAUCUUAGAUGUUAAAAGUCAAUCAUGUUAAAUUAGUAAAUGUUGAUAAAAAUUCAAUUUAUGGGUAAACUAUUCCUUGGUUCUUGAUGUCUUUUGAAGCUUAGUAUUACUUACUGAUUUAAUGUUUUAAUAUCUUAUGCAUUGUUUUGUGGACAUUUGUGUUGGAAUAAUCUCAGCGUGCCAUUUAUUUCAGUGCUGUAAGCAAGAUUUACUCAGUUAUCUGAUGGCUUUGAGCCAAAACACUCAUGCACUUAAUUAGUUUUUAUCAUUUGCAUACAUUAAUUGCUUGUGCUUUUUGCUCCGUGCUUCAUGAUGUGUCCAGUGUUGCUUGUUUCAAGCUAUUUUGAAAAUACUAUCUGCAUUAUGUUCCUUUAACCUUUAAAUAAUGUGCUAUUUACAUUAAGUCCUUUUUGUUAUUUUUGCAAUCGUUUUCUUUUUUGUUUAAUAGUGUUAAGUUGCCAUUCAAGUGAGGCUUUUUAUUUUACAUUUUAUGUUGAAAUGUGUUAUUAUGGUAGGUAGAUCAUUUGUAAAACCUUAUGUAUAUGUACAUAUGUUCAUUACUUAUGUUUCCUCUCCUCCGUCUUCCCAAUAUGUCCAUUUGUUAAUUUUCACUCUCCGUCUUAACUGCUUUAUUUUCCGCUCCACAGAAUAAAGAAAAUGGGAACACUCGAGCAUCACUCAGUACAGCUCAAAUGUGUUCAGCUUCACUUGGUCAUGUGUAUUUCACUGAUGGAUUUUGAAGGAAUGAAAUCGAUGUCAGUGCUAUAGUAGUUAUUUAUUGCUGUUGAGAGAAAGUCGCAGUACCCAACAUGGUGAGCUGUUAGCACCAUUUUCCCAGGAUUCGCUUUGUAUUUUUGAAACAGACUUUUCCAAUUAAAAUUCUUUCUUAGA